AUCACCAAUAAUUAAUCGAUAACCAUUUACAGCAUGAAGCAAGCUAGAGGAGUCCUGUCCCUGCUUGUGCUUACCGUGGUAGCCCUGGCCACUGGCAGCAAAAUAGACGAUUUUGAGUAUCUCUCGAUGACUGAGAUGUGCGACUUGCUGCCCUUGGAUACCAGCUUCCUUCGGCCAAAUACGUGCAACUAUUGGGUACACUGCCCGAGUCAUACCACCACAAUAGAGGAGGGCACCUGCGCCACCGGACUGAGCUAUAACAAGGAUAGGGGCCGUUGUACCAUGGCUGAAAAUGUCGAAUGCCCUUACGACACGACUGCAGCGUCCAAUAACACCAUUGUCAAUGUCUGUGCCAAUGAGAAGGAUGGCACUUUCCUGCCAGAUUCCACAAGCUACAAUUGCCAAGGCUAUCUACUGUGCAAAGGGCAUCGCGAGGUCAAGGCCAACUGCCCUAACGAACUGAUCUUCAAUCCACAAUCACGUUCUUGUGUCUAUUCCACCCAAUACACCUGCCCGCAAAGCGGCGUAAAGACCAAAUCGCCUGUAUGCCGCUCCUUAUCUAACAAUACUAGUCUAGCCCAUGAGGAGCAUUGCCACAAGUAUUAUGUCUGCAUAGACGACGUGCUCUAUGAGCGCGAAUGUGCCGACCAAAAGGCGUAUGAUGUUUCCCUUGGCAGGUGCGUAGCCGCAGCCAAUGUCACCUGCUAUGGCAAUGCAGCACUACCACCGCCAGAGAAUACCUUCUGUCUGGUUAACGGGACAACAGCGCGUCAGGGCUAUUAUGCGGACGAUGAGUCUUGCAACCAUUACUACAUCUGUAGGGCUCCUGUUAAAGGCAAGCACGACACAAAUCCCCAACAUCUGCGUUGCCCUCUGGGUACGUACUUCGACUACGAGAAGCUCUCCUGCCGCGAUCGUCUUAAUGUUCGCUGUCUGCUGGAUCGUUGCGCUGGGUCCACACUGACCUACGUCAAUGUAUUGGGCAACUGUCAAUCCUAUGGUCGCUGCGUGGACGGAGUCACUGAAAGCAUUGGCCACUGCCCCUCCGAAUAUUUCUUUGACGAACGCAGCCAGGGAUGCACUCCCACUAACCACAACUAUGUCGCCUGCCAGCCCUGAAGAAAACCCGAAACCGCGAAGCGCGAUCCGCCUUCAAAAUAUAAUUGUAAUUGUAUCUAAUUAAAU